UCUGCAAAUAUAAGAAUGGUUUUAACAUAUUUUGAAAUGCACUCAAUAAAUACCUCAGAUGGUGAUAAGCCUGUAGCUACAUUAGAUUUAUCAUAUUUCUCUUCAACCAACAGUUUGACAUUGUGACCAUUAACUUUGUAAAAGUUAAAAAGUGCUGUUGUUUUCCUGAUUAUAAGAGAAUAUCACACAAUCAUUUUAUUUGACAGUUUAUAAAACAACCCUGACAGUCUACAGCCAUGUUAGCAGCACUGUGAGCUAAAUGCUACGUUUACCAACUGUCACUAAACACAAUGAACUGCUGAUGCUGAUGGGAAUGUCAGGUAAACCACAGUACUGGACAUCAUGAAGAACUGAGCUGAUGAUGGCACUAGAGGAAAAGCCAGAGGAUCAUUAAACUGUGCAGGAUUGUAAAAGUUUCUUUUCUUUAAUAAUGGUGAGUAAAUCUGUCAGUGGAAGUUUUUUCAGUGCAGCUUCUAAAACAGUUUAAUUUCUCAUAAUUCUUGUGCAGCAAUUUGCAGAUUAAACUGCACAACAGUACAACUGUAAAGGGCACAUUACACAUUAAUGCAUCAGUAAUAAAACCAUCAGUAGUUAAUUUUCCUGCAGAAUGAGUAGCCUACUUUUGAUUUGCUGAAAAUACAGUUGUAUUUUAAAGUACAAGCCUUUUACUUGUAAUGGAUAUCUUUCUGAGUGCGGCAUUGCUGUUUGUUUUUAACUUAUUAUGUGAAUCAUCUUUCCAAUAGACGAUCUUUGGCUUCGGUGCGCAACCAACGCGAGAUUAGACAUAUCGCGAGACUGACGGUUUGAGCAGCGGUGUUGUGCUAAGCAGGACGUCGUCUGUCCAAAUAACCUCUUUAAACACUAAAAUGUCCGGGACAGUCGACUUUAUAUAACUUACUGAUUUAAAAGAAACGUUUUCCACCUGCAAGACGGGCUGUACGUCACAGCGACAUGGAGGCCGGCGAAGGUGUCAGCAGUGCCACGCCCACAGAGGAGAUGAACGGAGCUGGAAACCUGAUGGAUUUCCUGGACGAACCUUUUCCAGACGUGGGCACGUAUGAAGAUUUCCACACCAUCGACUGGCUGAGGGAGAAAUCCAGAGACACAGACCGCCACCGCAAGAUCACCAGUAAGAGUAAAGAGUCCAUCUGGGAGCUGAUUAAGAGCCUGUUGGACGCCUGGUCAGGAUGGGUGGUGAUGCUGCUCAUCGGGCUGCUCUCAGGUACGCUGGCCGGAGUGAUCGACCUGGCGGUGGACUGGAUGACAGACCUGAAGGAAGGCGUCUGUCUGUCGGCCUUCUGGUACAGCCACGAGCAGUGCUGCUGGACGUCCAACGAGACGACGUUCGACGACCGAGACAAGUGUCCGCAGUGGCAGAAAUGGGCGGAGCUGAUGACCGGCCACGCCGAGGGAGCAGGAGCGUACGUGUUGAACUACUUCCUGUACAUUCUGUGGGCACUUCUGUUUUCCUUCCUGGCGGUGUCACUGGUGCGAGUCUUCGCUCCGUACGCCUGCGGUUCAGGAAUCCCAGAGAUCAAGACGAUCCUCAGCGGCUUCAUCAUCCGGGGCUACCUGGGGAAAUGGACCCUGCUGAUCAAGACGGUCACGCUGGUGCUGGCUGUGUCAUCCGGUCUCAGCCUGGGGAAGGAGGGUCCUCUGGUCCACGUGGCCUGCUGCUGUGGAAACCUCUUCUGCAGUCUCUUCUCCAAAUACAGCAAGAACGAGGGCAAGCGGAGAGAGGUGUUAUCAGCGGCAGCAGCAGCUGGAGUGUCGGUGGCCUUUGGAGCGCCCAUCGGAGGAGUUCUGUUCAGCCUGGAGGAGGUCAGUUAUUAUUUCCCUCUGAAGACUCUGUGGCGUUCGUUCUUCGCUGCUCUGGUCGCUGCCUUCACGCUGCGCUCCAUCAACCCGUUUGGCAACAGCCGUCUGGUGCUGUUCUACGUCGAGUACCACACGCCGUGGUACAUGGCCGAGCUGGUCCCCUUCAUCCUGCUUGGCGUGUUCGGCGGCCUCUGGGGGACUCUCUUCAUCCGGGCCAACAUCGCCUGGUGCCGGCGGAGGAAGACCACCCAGCUGGGGAAGUACCCGGUCCUGGAGGUCAUCGCCAUCACAGGGAUCACCGCUGUGCUGGCGUACCCCAACCCGUACACCCGCCGCAGCACCAGCGAGCUCAUCUCCGAGCUCUUCAACGACUGCGGCGCUCUGGAGUCGUCGCAGCUCUGUGAUUACAUCAAUAACCCCAACAUGAGUCGACCUGUGGACGACAUCCCAGACCGGCCUGCGGGGCCCGGGGUCUACAACGCCCUGUGGCAGCUCGCCCUCGCUCUCGUCUUCAAGAUCGUCAUCACCAUCUUCACCUUCGGCAUGAAGAUCCCGUCAGGUCUCUUCAUUCCCAGCAUGGCGGUCGGAGCGAUCGCCGGGCGCAUCGUCGGGAUCGCCGUGGAGCAGAUGGCGUACCACCACCACGACUGGAUCAUCUUCAAGAACUGGUGCCGGCCCGGAGCAGACUGUGUGACACCCGGACUCUACGCCAUGGUGGGAGCUGCCGCCUGUCUGGGCGGGGUGACCAGAAUGACCGUCUCCCUGGUGGUCAUCAUGUUCGAGCUCACUGGCGGGCUGGAGUACAUCGUCCCCCUCAUGGCCGCCGCCGUCACCAGUAAGUGGGUGGCCGACGCCUUCGGGAAGGAGGGAAUAUACGAGUCGCACAUCCAGCUCAACGGCUACCCGUACCUGGACGUCAGGGACGAGUUCACCCACCGCACGCUGGCCACUGACGUGAUGCGGCCCCGCAGGAACGACCCCCCGCUGGCCGUCCUCACCCAGGACACCACCACGGUGGAGGACGUGGAGACGCUGAUCAAAGACACCGAUUACAACGGCUUCCCGGUGGUCGUGUCCAGAGAGUCGGAGAGGCUCAUCGGCUUCGUUCAGCGCCGGGAUCUGACCCUCGCCAUCAAAAACGCCCGUCAGAAGCAGGACGGCGUGGUGAGCAGCUCGGUCGUUUACUUCACCGAGGACGCGCCGCAGCUGCCGGCCAGCAACCCGCAGCCUCUGAAGCUGCGACGCAUCCUGAACCUCAGCCCCUUCACCGUCACCGACCACACGCCCAUGGAGACGGUGGUGGACAUCUUCCGCAAGCUGGGCCUCCGCCAGUGUCUGGUCACCAGGAGCGGGCGUCUCCUGGGCAUCAUCACCAAGAAGGACGUCCUGCGACACAUGGCUCAGAUGAUGAACCAGGAUCCAGAGUCCAUCAUGUUCAACUAGCAGCAGAGACGAGCUCCACUCCUCUCCGACAGUGUAAAUAGGUAAAACCGGUGCCGACGCUACUGUACUGCAACCUGUGAAGAGCCCCUCCCUCCUCCUGACAGACGAGUCCCACAGCAGCACUGCUCCAUGUUCAGUUCAAGGUAACCUCCGACAGGAUGCUUCUGUUUUAUAGAUAGAAAACUCCAGACUCUGGGUGUAGCUAGUUGUUCCUUUAGUGCUGCUUGUUGAGAUGAAACGUUAAGCUGAAGGCUGAAGGCAGUAUUUGUAACUUCAUCAUAAAAUGGUACUCGGGCGUCACAUAGAAAAAAAAGUGGGACCAGAAAAAUGAGAUGUUUGAAGUUCAGCUCCACUGAUAUUAGUGUGUAAACUCUCUGUAAAGUCGGAGAGUUUGGGAACUGAUGCACUUUUAUGUUCUGUGUUGCUGCCAUAUUUAUAUUAAUGCUGCCUGUAUCAAUGUUAAUUUUAAUGUAUCAGUGGCACCGUACGACACGUUCCUGCUACUUUGACCUGAAGCCACAAACUGACACAGACUGUGUGUCACCGUCUGAAACACUAAAUGUUGCUUUCACUGUCAGACUCUCAUCAGUGCUGUGUUUUUGUAUCUUUGUUAAUUUAAUUGUGUCAAAAGGUUUUGAAAAGCCUUAAAAUGUGAUUCUCUGCAGAAGCUUAAUGGAUAAUGUCUCUCAUCAUGAAACUGACAGCUGAAGGCCUCUGCACACAAGAUGUGUGUUAUAAAAUCUAUAAUGACUGAUCAGAUAUAUGGAUCUGAUGUGAGUAAAACAGUUUCUUAGAUCAGUACUUGAUACCUGACUGUUUUGAAAACAGUUCUUUUUCUCAGUUUUCCACUGCUCACACAUGGAACACCGGUCUCAAACAGACUAAGGAAGAUGACAAGGUGUCAAAUAAAAUGAUAAUUCACCAUCGCACGAAAUCCCAGUGUGUAGGGGCCUGUCAGAGAGAAGUUUCAGAGCUAACUUUAGUAUUUUUCAUCUCAGUAAACAAUGGUACUGUAAGCUCCUGUUAAAAAAACUGACACACAUAACUCAGUGAAACUGUACCUCUGCUGUUUGUGAGUCAAAGCUAAAUGUUGCUGCAUUAAGAAGGAAAGAUGUGUAGAAUGAAGGAGAAACACUAAGUGUCUGUAAAGAUGCUGAUAUUUCCCUACAUGUGUGGAAAACAAACCAGGAAAGCAAACAUUCACAAACCGCUUUUAAAAAUAUCAAGACUGCACAGAAAGAUUCUGGAAAAACUGAAUCCUCACCUGCACAUGUUCUGGUUUUAUGCCCUCGGUCUUUUCCUGUGUCGUGGUAUUUGUUGUAGUGAAAAUAACCUGUUAUUGGUCAGAGCUCCCAGCUGCUAACAAUCAUUAAACUGGAACCUUUGAGGGAAUUUAGCUUCAGAAAUAUAGAAAACACUCUGUGCUGUUAAAGCAAAUGAUCAAUGUUUUGUUUUUAAAUGCCAACAGAAUGUAUUGGGAAAAUAACAGUGUAUAUAUUUAAGAUUUAUUGUGAGCAUUUUUAAUUUAAUUUCAUUUUGUCUGAAACACUAACGUCGAGCUCUGCUUCUUUUUUAUUUUGAACUUGGAGAUAUUUAUCAGAAUCACUACUGGUACAGAAAAAUUUGCACUUUUGUGUUUUGGAUUUGUAAAUGAAGUGAAAAAUAAACCUUCCAGUUUACCUGCAGAUGGUGAAUGAA